AUGUGGUUCUUGGAAAAGAUCAGAGCAUCACAUGAAAAUGGAAACCUACCGAGCUCCUCCUUCCUGGGACCGACAGCUGGCCAAAAUCUGCCUGAAAAAGCCCGACUGGGAACUGCUGCUUUUCCCAACGUGCUCACCCCUGACAGAAUUCCUGAAUUCUGCAUUCCCCCCAGGCUGACCAGCUCUGGUCCUGUAAAGGGCAGUGACUCCCACCAGGACCACAGUUCAGAGGAUGCAGACCUUAAUUCUGACUACAGCCCCAACUCUUUGCCACAUCUCAUUCAGGUGGAAAGUGCUGAAGAGAUCCCCGCCGUGCAGGAAGAAAGCACCAACUCAGACCCACAGUCCCAAGCAGCACUCUCCCUACCUCACUUCCCUAGAGCCCCCACUUCCUAUGGCUUCUGCACUUUGCUGGAGAGCCCCCACACCAGGAGAAAGGAGUCCAUCUUCCACGGUGGCCCACGUGGUGCUCUAUCCAGCCUGAUGCUGUCUCGAUCCAGAGCUAACACGUUCAGUGGCAAAGGGAGCGUGUCUAACCCCAUUGCUAUCAGCUUUGCCUCUGUGAGGCUGCCUCCCAAGCACCUCUCUCUGCACAGGCAAGGCGCCUGUGACAGUGAUACUGCCUCCUCCAGCGAUUCCUCUCCUUUCAGCUCCCCACUUCUCAGCCGGUCACCUCCCAGAUCCUGCUCCCUGAUCAAAACACACAGUCAGGAGGGGCUGCUUUGCCGAGCACUGAAAGCCAAGAACAGGUCCAGCAUGGGCAGGAACAACUCCCUCUCUACAGAGGAGAGCAGCUCCACUGAUAACAGCCCCAGUGUCAUCAGGCGGGCCUCAGAGGGGCUGGUUGCCACACGGAGCUUUAGCGUGUCCUGUUCUCCCAUCUGCCCUCUGGAGCUGGCCCACAGCCGGGAGAGACGUGUGGGAGAGAGCGCUGUGCUGCUGGACAAGGGAGGCGUGCUCAGGCUGGCGGCCGAGUACUGCUCCGAGAACGAGAGGCUGCGCCUCCGCCUCAUCAGUGCCGAGGGUCUGUACGGGGACUCUGUAGAGCCCAAAAACAUCAACUGCUGUAUCACCUUCUCCCUGGUGCCAGGGAAAACACAAAAGCAGAGAAGCACUGUUAUAAAGAGAAGCAGAAAUCCUAUCUUCAACGAGGACUUCUUUUUUGAUGGUAUUGCAGAAGAAGAGCUUUACAGCCUGUCUGUGAAGAUGAAAGCUAUGAAUAAAGGGUGCAGUAUGAAACGGGAUUACACCUUAGGAGAACGGGAAUUGUCUUUAAUGAAUAUGUUGUCAGUGUAA